AUUGAAUGCGUUUAAUGGCCUAAUCAGUUCUCAAAAUGACAAAGUUUGUAGUAACCUUUUUGGUUCUAAUCAGUGUCUACUAUUUUCAGGUAGCCCCUCGUGAAAUCCACUCACCGCCAGAGCAAUUAGAAAUGAUUAGAAAGGUUACCGAAGCUUGUGCCAAAGAAACAGCUGUCAAAGAGGAUAUAGUUUUGAAAGCAAGAAAAGGCGAUUUUUCAGAUGACAGUACUUUUAAAGAAUAUGUAAUGUGUACUAUGAAGAAAUAUAAUAUUGUUACAGACGGAAAAAUUAAUAAAGAAGCUAUUGACCAACAUGUUAUAGUUACGACAGGCGACAAAGAUUUUGCAGCAAAAAUAUUUAAUAAAUGUCAUCAAGAAAAAGAUGAUCUCGUAAAUACUGUAGCCCCUGUUACAGUUCACCAACCACCAGAGCAAAUAGCACAGAUUAAAAAGGGUACAGAUGCUUGUGAAAAAGAAAUACAUGUCAAUAAAGAGCUAAUACUGAAAGCAAGAAAAGGCGAUUUUUCAGAUGACAGUACUUUAAAGGAAUACGUAUUUUGUGCUGUUCAGAAACAUAAAUUCGUUGUAGACGGAAAAAUUAUUAAAGAUGCUAUUGAUAAACAAGUUAUAAUUGGGACAGGAGACAAAGAUUUUGCAACAGAAACUUAUAAUAAAUGUUAUCAAGAAAAAGAUAAUUUAGUAGCCCCUAUUACAAUACACUCACCACCAGAACAAUUAGAAAUGUUUAGGAAGGUUAUAGACGCUUGUCUUAAAGAAAUAGGUGUCAAAGAAGAACUAGUUCUGAAAGCAAGAAAAGGCGAUUUUUCAGAAGAUAGUACUUUAAAGGAAUACGUAUUUUGUACUGCUAAGAAAUAUAAAUACGUUGUUAACGGAAAACUCGAUAAAGAAGCUAUUGACAGAGAGAUUAUAAUUGCGACAGGCGACAAAGAUUUAGCAACAAAAACUUAUAAUAAAUGUUAUCAAGAAAAAGAUACUCUAGUAAAUUCAAUUUUUGAAAUGUUAAAAUGUUAUUCUAAAGACAUCCCUCUUCCCGUUAUAUAGAUAGAUUGGUGUAUAUGUACUUAAUGCUAAUUUAAAAAUAGAUAAAUGCCUAAUAAAUGC